AUGUCGUCUGCCUCCGCCUCUACGCCUGAGACGAUUCGCGAUGAUAUCAAGGUCGCUGAGCCCAAGCCGGUCAACCAGACCAUUGCUCAGCUCCGCUCCCUCGUGGCCGGUGCCGCGGGUGGUGUGUGUGCGGUCGUUGUCGGCCACCCCUUCGAUCUGGUGAAGGUGCGCAUGCAGACCGCACAGAAGGGCGUCUACUCCGGCGCCAUGGAUGUGGUGCGGAAGACGGUCGCGCGCGAAGGCCUCGUCCGAGGAAUGUAUGCGGGUGUCUCCGCUCCCCUCGUCGGCGUUACUCCCAUGUUCGCUGUUAGUUUCUGGGGUUAUGACUUGGGUAAGACGCUCGUGAGCAGCCUCUCCACUGUGCGGGUUGAGAACAACACCCCUCAGUACACAAUUGGCCAAAUCUCGGCUGCCGGUUUCUUCUCCGCCAUCCCCAUGACCCUGAUCACGGCGCCUUUCGAGCGUGUCAAGGUGCUGCUCCAGAUCCAGGGUCAGAACCCACCCCCACCCGGCCAGAAGCCCAAGUACUCCGGUGGAAUGGAUGUCGUCCGCCAGCUUUACAAGGAGGGUGGAAUCCGCAGUGUCUUCCGGGGUAGCGCCAUGACGCUCGCUCGGGAUGGUCCCGGAUCGGCCGCCUACUUCGCCGCCUACGAGUACAUCAAGCGCACCCUCACCCCCAAGGAUGAGAACGGCAACGUCACCGGGGAGCUCUCUAUGCCCGCCGUCCUGGCGGCUGGUGGUGCUGCUGGUAUCGCCAUGUGGAUCCCCGUCUUCCCCGUCGACACCAUCAAGUCGCGCGUGCAGAGUGCUCCGGGCCGUCCGACCAUCGGCGGUACGAUCCGCGCGGUCUACGCCAGCGGUGGUGUGAAGGCAUUCUUCCCCGGGUUUGGUCCUGCCUUGGCUCGUGCUGUUCCGGCCAACGCUGCCACUUUCGCUGGUGUGGAACUUGCCCACAACUUCAUGAAGAAGUUUUUCGAUUAA